AUGACCCAACAACGAAGUGACACAGGAAGAGCAAGGAAGAGAGCCCGUCAAAGUAGAGGGAAAGGGAGAGAAGCAACACUUGAUCCUGUCGAGAAUCCAAACAAGCAAGUCAACAAGGCGAUAUCAGAGAGAACCAAACGAUCUUGGGAGACUCGACGAGCCAAAUCUGCAAGAGAGGGCAUCGAGGAGAUGGUAAAUGCUCAUGGAGACGGACGUGACCAGGCGGAUCAGAACGAGGCUGGGACUUCCUACCACUCUCAAUCUACGAUCCCGCUUCCCACAUCUGAAUUCCUCUUAUCGAUCCACCACCAUUCAUCUGAGUUCUACACCUCCAACGAGCUAUUAUUCCAUCCAUCCAAGAAAGGUCGGACAGUUCCAUGGGGAAGUAAAAAGAGGCUAUUGAUCUUACAAGAUGCCGAUCCUGGCUUGAAAAAUGAUUCGAGGUCUAGUGGUAGUACCAGUACAAGGUCCAAGUCGAGAUCUAGAUCUACCUGGAGAACUGAAGAAGACGAAGAGCAAAUCGAAGAACCGAAGGAAGAUGAAUUGGAUGAUGAUAAUGAUGAGAAUGUGAAUGUGAAGAAAGAAUUGGUGGAUGAGUAUGGUGAAAUAAUCGUGCAAGGUGAUAGACAAACGAACAGAAGUGAAAGUGCGAAUGGGAAUUGGAGGAAAGAAAGGUCAAAAGGGAGAUACAAGAAAAGGGAUAUGUACAUGGCUAUAGAAGGUGAAGGUCUGAUGGCUUUAGGUAUAUUACUUCAGCAUCAUAUCAUACAAGCGAUCCAUACAGCUGGGUAUCGAAAACGAGACUCAAAGUCUGUGUCAGAAGAAACAGGCUCAUCGCGAUCUGGCACUGCACCAUUACACACGUCUAAAGGGAAAGGUCGAAAGUCGAAGAAGCGAAAGGACGCACCAUCUGUGGGAGAAGAGGAAGAGGAAAGAGAGAUGGAGUCUGAAGAAGGACAAGAAUCGGGUCCUGAUUCCCCUUGA